AUGUCCUCCAUUCCCCAUUCGAAGGUGAACCAAAAUAAGGAGAACGCUCUGCGUUCUAAGAGUCACGAUGUGCGCUCGGAUAAGGGGCUCUUACGGAAGACAUCGAAGAGCGUGUUAAGAACUAAAUCCUCGAAUGCGGUCGUGAAACCUCAGGAGUUUGGAAAUUACAAUAAGAUUCGGAAGACCUCAACGUUAAACGACGUGCAUUUGUUUGAUAGUGAUUCGGGCGUUGUCACCGCUCGAAAGUUCAGAGUUCAACGCGAUUCGCCACAUUCUAAAACUAAACAUAAGCUUUCGGCAAAAGAGGAACUCGAUGAUGAACAGGACAUCGAGGUCGUCCCAGCCGCGGAAGACGAGCUUCCUUACGUUCCCCACGCUUUAACACCGAUUCCGGAUGAUGUUCUUGAUGAUGUACUGAACAAUAAAUGCAGGUUAACAAAAAGUGUCGAUGACCCGCUUGAAUUAGAUCUUUCAUAUUUGAAAGAUAUGGAAGAACAGGAUUCUUUGGAAGACGCCCUCAAAACCAACGAAUUAGUAUUGGAAUUCCCUGAAGAAGGGGAAGAGACCGCAUCCAAGAAACUUGACAAAAUAUUAGAGGAAUCAGAGUCGCAUCACCGCUACAAACCAAAACGACUUUAA